UGUAAAAUAUCUGCCGGAAGUACGUGAUUCCUUGGGAUGACUUAACGUCGCUCCAAACCAGAAACAUCGGUACAAGGUUGUUCAACACCGCUGGAGUCUGAUUCCGCUGCUGGACAGGUUUAUUCCGUGGUCGCGGAACUACACAGCAGACCGAAGUUUCUCCUGCGGAGACCAUGGCGUCAGGAGGCCCCGUCAUGAACGGCCGAUCUCCCUCUCAGUCCUGUACGCUGGAGGAAACGCUGCAGCAGAUGAACGUUCUCAUCCAGGAGAACCGUGAGCUGAAAGAGGCCUUACGUCAGACCAACCUGACAAUGAAGGAGAGAUUUGAGGGUCUUUCUGCGUGGCGCGAAAAGCAGCGAGAAGAGCGGAACUUCCUGGAGAGCCGUCUGGAGGAGGCGCGGGGCCACAUGGAGACCCUGAACCACCAAAACCAGGACCUGAGGAGGAAGCUGGAGGAGGCGACAAGAAGAGCGAGAGACGCAGUUCAGACCGCAGAGCUCGAAGGACUGCGUGGCCAGAUUGUUCGUUUGCAGGCGGAGAAGAACGACCUGGUGGCCAUGAACAGCGAGCUGAGGCUGAAGGCCGACGAGUCGCUCGACUCCUUCAUCGAGGUCAUCAGAGUUCAGGACGAAUGUGCCAACGGCGUCAGUGAGGCCCACGGCUCGCUGGGCGACAGCAGCCCGGAGCAGAGCUCAACGCUGUCCCCGCUGGACAACAAGGAUAUGACCGUGAGCCAGCUGCUCCUGUCCCUGAGGAAGGAACGUCAGCGUGGCGAUCAGCUGCAGGAGGAGCUUCAGCGCUCCGCCGUCAGAAUAAUAGAUCUGGAGCAGAAACGGAGAACGAACGACAGCUCAACACAGACGGAAACCAAAGACGACGCUGGGAAGGACAAGGCAGCGUCUGAGGUGGAGAACCUGAAGUCUCAGGUGAUGAGUUUGUACAAAGAGCUGCAGCAGGCCCAGAGCAAACUGAACCAGGCGGAAGGCAUGAAGAAGAACCUGCAGGACAGAUACCGAGAGGUGGAGCAGGAUGUGGUCACUCUGAGAGCUCAGCUGGUGGAGAACCAGACCAUCAGGUCGGAGAACGACCGACUGAAGCUGCAGCUGGACAGCAUGCAGGUCCAGAACCAGCUGGAGCAGAAGAAAGCAGGAGAGGAGAGGAACAACCUGUGUCAGCUGAAGGACGCCUACACCAAACUGUUUGAAGACUACACCGAGCUGAAGGAGGAGGAGGGCAAGAAGAAGAAGGAGGAGUGCUCUCUGGUGGACGACCUCCAGGCUCGUCUGACGGCGGCCGAAGAAGCGCUGGCGUCCAAACAGGCCAAGAUGGACGACAUGAAGCAGGAACUGUUCCAGAAGGAGAAGGAGCUGGAGACCGUAUCUGUGUUCCAGGCCCAGGCCGAGGUCUACUCCUCAGACUUCUACGCCGAACGGGCGGCGAGAGAGAAGCUCCACGAAGAAAAGGAACGCCUGGCCGCUCAGCUGGAGUACGUGAAGAAGCAGAACAGUCAGCUGCAGGAGGAGGUGGACUCACUGGGCCGUCACUCACUGAAUGAGAUGCAGCGGAGACACGUUUCUCUGGGAGGAAAUCAACAUGGACCUGCUGCCACCCUGGCAGGAAGAGGUUCUGACUGGCAGCACCAGGACUACAUUCCUGAACAUGCCUGUCCCAAAUGCAACGAGAUCCUCCCAGACCUGGACUCCCUGCAGAUCCACAUCAUGGACUGCAUCAACUAGUCCACGCUGACACCUGUCUGGACGACAUCCUGCAGAUGAAGACACAGACCCAGAGAUAAGAAGAACAACACCUGGUACUCCUGGACCACAGUUAGGCCUGUGGACCAGGGGGAAGGAACCUGGUUCUGUGGCUUAAAAUAGUUCUAUACAUGUUGGUGAUGGUUCCGUACGGUUCCUCUCUCUCUCUCUCUCUCUCUCUCUCUAGCUCCUGUUAAAAACUGGUAUUAAUUACACUGAUUUAUUUGAACCCCUCCCCUCUCCCCCGGUCUGUAGUUGAUGGUUCCGUCUUCCUGUCCUGAUAAAUGCCACAGACACAGUUGAAGGUCCAACCUUCUGGGGUUUGUCCAACUAUCAACCUGGUGUAAUAAACGAAGUGAAACAGCAGAUGGCGCUGUUCACAGUGAAUCACAGCUGAUCAUAUUUUGAUAAACAGAAGGUGCAUGAACCAAAGAUUCCUGUUCACGAUCCAAAGUCCAGGUUCCUGACGUUCUUUACCAGAACGGUUCUCCAUGACGUUCUCUGUUGUUCUGAUGUUCUGUUUUAACAUCGAGGGCCAGUCAACCUGUACGAACUGCUAAUAAGAAAUCAAAGUUGGAAUUACGUUUUUUAUUUUGGCUGUAAACACAUGCUUGACUACUACUACUACUACUACUACUACUACUACAUACUAAUAAUGCAGCACUGCCUUUGAUCUGUUGCAAGUAUUUUGAUCUAAAAUAAAAUAAAGUUGCAGAUCCCGGUGUGAUUCCAGUUCAACUU